AUGGACGACUAUAUGUACGAGGACGACGGCGCCUCAGCUGUCCCCAACGAGCGUAAUACCGGCAGGGCCUUCGAGUCCGCCAUUGACCAUGAUGCUCUUCUCCAAGCUGAACAGGCCGAAAGCAUACGUCAGGAAGAAGCCAUGAGUAAAUUCAUGAACAAGCUCCGCGACAUGAUAAUCUGGGAACCCUUCCUACUCGACAACACCAUCGACGACCUGGAACUGGUCACCAAGAGCAGCAUCGCCCAACUCGAAGAGCUCGCCUAUCGCCCACGCACGCCCCCACCACCUACCUCCGGCGUCGUCCUCCCCACCGGCUGCUUCCACAUCCAAUCCGCCGCCGUCCUCCACCUCGUCACCUCCUCGUCCGCCGGCCCGCGCACCGUCUUCCUCCGCCUCAAGCGCGACCUCGCAAAUAUCGACGAGUUCAUCAGCAGCGUCACCCCCGCAAAGGUCGAGUCUGUUUAUUGGAACGAGCUGGGAAAGUAUGCGUUUAUCAACUUCCUCGACGAGGGCAUGGCGAACGCGUAUCGUGAGUAUAUGCGCUACCACCCGACCCACCCGUACAACUGGGAGGUAAAGGACACGCUCAUGAACAACAGCGUGCGCCCCAUGCGUGCUGAGAUCGCUGAGGCUAUAAUCGUCAAUGGCGCUACACGCAUCCUAAGGCUGAAUAAGGUGCCGAUUAACGUUGGUUAUGGGCGUGCGUGGCGGAUUGCCGAGACCGGCCAUCCACGUUUCUGCCAUGUGAUCCGCAUCAGGGAGGGCCCGGUGGACAAGGAUUUUGCGCUCGAGUUUGAUGAUGUGGGGAAGGCGAUUAGCGCGAGGGAUAGGCUGGCGGCGAGGGUGGAGAUGAGGGGCGUGGGAUUCGUGUGGAUGGGGAAUGAGCUGGAUAGGAAGAUUGAGGAGUUUACGGAGGAGUUGAAUGGCGUGAUGGAGCCGGUGAAGAUUAACUUUCGGGUUUGA